AUGCGGCAGUCAGCAACGAAGAAGAACAUAAGUGGCCGGAGUCAGAUGUCACCGGAACCUGAUGACAACAAUAGUCGACACAAUUUAAGUGGUUCCAGUACCGGUUCAAAUAAAGGCAGGAAAAGAAAACGUUGUGAAAUACUGACCAUCAGUGAUUUUGAAUCCGAAUUUGAGGACUGCGAUUUGGAAGAUGCUGUUGCAUUGGAAACAAGGCUACGUAAAGUGGCGCGAAAAAAUGCAUUGUCUCAUGAUGAAAUGAUGAAACUUUUGCAUAAAUUCGUAAAGAAUGAACACAUUCUAGCCCUUAUAACAUUGAAAGCUGAAGAUGAGCUGGCUCGGGAAAAGCUUGAGGCGGAACAAAGGGCUAUUAUAAUAACAGAUACACCAUCGAUUCCAAAAUUAACACGCUCCAAAGCAAAAGAAUUGAAAAAGCAACCUAUUAUUUCAUUACCCAAAAUCCUAAGUGCUGAGCAAACAGAAAUAGCAUCAUUGAUCAAUGAAGAACUGAACUCUGACGAAGAAGAUGAAGAGUACACAUUCAAAGAGGAAGAUUUUGUGUCUGAUGAUGAUCCCAACACAACUGCAUCUGAUUUGGAUUCCAAUCCACGAACACCUCAAACCCCAGCCAUUCAAGCCGAAGCAGAUGAUUCGCCUGUAAAGUUAACUGAGGAUGGUUGUUUUAAGGUACCAUUGAACAAAAAGGGUCCACAGGAAGAACUUAGGAUUGCAACAAGAACACGUUCGAAAUUAUGUCUGCAACAGACCACAAUAGAGGAUAUUGAAUCGGAAUUUGUACCGCCCGAUGUUGACUAUACGGAGCCAACAGAACCAGACUCUCAAGCCGUGGAUGAAGAUUGGAAUCAAUUCUUAAAUGAUUUUUUAAAACCACUAAAUUCUAGCUUAGUAGGAGAUGAUGAUGAUCCCAUCAAUGAUCCUGAAUAUGUUGCAGCUGAAAAAGAAUUAGUUGACGCUGAAGAAUUGAGAGAUGUAAAUAUUUCGAAAAAGGAAAUUGCAGAGUUAAUGACUGAACUUUUAAGUAACCUCAACGAGGGCAUAUCAUUUGAAAGUAUUGAACUAGAAACACCGCGCAAAUUUCUAUCAGCCUAUCAAGAUGAGCCAUUAAAUACUCCACACAACUCCCCAGAAAAAGUGGACGAACCUGUUGAUGCUGUAAGUCGGCAAUUACAAUUUGAAGAGCAGCCAACAAGUCAACAACAACAGGCGCAAAACCCACAAGAAUCCAUACCAGAAUCAACAUCAUGUUCCAUGAUAUCAUCAAAUAAUGUUACACAGCAGAAUAUAUCCUUUCACCCUGAUGUUAUGUCAACUCCUUCCACAACGCACAAUGUUCAGAGUAACAUUGAACAAACCGAGGCGAAUGAUGAAACGGUAACAAUGAUUCCAGUGGCUACACCAAAAAAGAAUGCCGACAACUCACCCACAAGCACGGUCACUAUUCCCAGUAACAAUAUAAAUACUCAAGUUGAUGUUAUUGCAGUCCCAAUUCCUGGUCAACCGAAUUGUUUUCAAUUGGCAAGAGUUGUCAAUUCGACUGAGGAAUUGGUGGAUAGUGGAACGAAGGUUAUUACAGGUUCGAAAUUUCUAAAGGACAAAUAUAAAGGAACUGCAGCGCGUUAUGAUGUGCCAUACGAAACCAAUUAUUCUGGAGAGUAUAUAUCCAUAAAACGACAUGCCAUUGCCGAGUAUAUAGACAAAUUUGAAAGUCUAAAACAUGCACAAGUCAAUCAAAUUUCAAGUACCACAACUGAACCUGUGGGAUCUGAUAACGAAUUUACAAAAUAUCAAUAUGACUUAAUGCAGCAACAGAUGCGAAUACACGUACAAAUGUUAACGCAAACCUAUAUACAAACCUAUUGUCACCCUGAACUGUGGAAAUUGGCCUCAAAGCCCAAGGAGAUGCUUUUGGAGUUACAGCAGAAGUCAAAAGUUAAUGCCAAUUUCAAAAUUUGGAAUUUAGAGAAGGCUAUAAAUCUCAUAAAUAAGUGGGCUAAUGAAUUGGAUCAAGAUAAUGAAGAAAAUAGGGCUCUGAUGAAGUUUCUGCAUCGUGAAGUUGAAUUGACAAAUCACAAUACUCGACAAAUACCUCGUUUCCAUCCACGCCUUUUGGACUGUUUCUUGGAAUCUGAUGUGUUCAUGUACCCUGAAUAUCUGCCACGUAUGCCCUUUUCACCCAAAGUCAUAACCAUUGAAACAUUCUCGCCCGUUGAGUGCUAUUUAAUUGCCAUGGGUCUGGAGAAACACGUAAAACUGAUAGAGAAGAGAAAGGAACGCAUUCACAAGAAAUCUUCAGCAGAAAGGAAGGCAUGCAAACGCUUCACCAAAGAAAUAUUGCAAGGGAAGAAUCAUCGACGAGUUUGGGACUAUAUUGAACAUAUGAGAAAUGCUGAAUAUUAUAAUCCUAUAAAGUAUUAUUUUGACAACAAAAGGGCACCGCCAGUCGAGUACACGCCCAUUAUUGGUUUUGAAAACAAUACCGUGCCAUUGCCCAAGGAUCGUUUUCCCGAAUUACCAUUAGUAUUUCAACAAUAUUUGCAAAAGAAAAACGCUCCUCCAGUGCCACCAAAACCAAAAAGAGUCAAAAAUCCAAAUGUAAAAGUAUCCGAUAAAUUCCGAGACUCAUUUUUUGAAUUUGUUCGCGAAGCCGUCGGGGAAGAUAUUACCCUUGAGGAAGACAUUGUUGAAGAGGUACCAAGCCAAACAAAUCUAUGCGAAUCACAGCCUGUUUUGUCCGGCAAUACGCCAUUAGCACGGAAAAGAACUUCCACUGAUAAAGACGCACCUAAGGCAAAAAGAAGAAGACUACCACGUUCCUUAACAAUAAAUGUGAAUUAUGUAUUUGGGAGUCCACCGGCAACGAAUUUACCUUCGAUACUGCCCAGCAAUUCUACAGUUGCUGCCCUAAGUAAUACAUCACUAAUAUCAUCCGUGAACAACACCAGCACGGGUAGUAUAUUGGAUUCAACAAAUGGUAAUAUAAGUACAAGUCAAUGUCAGGACUAUUUAAACAACACAUCUAAUGCGAAUACUUCAUCCGUGGAAGCACCAGUAGUAACAUAUAACUUCGAUUUGACUACAAAAACUCUCCAACCUCAAUAUAAUCAAAUAACCACAACAUAUGUCCAACAGUCAUCUGUGCCAGCUAAUUCUGUGUUACAUAGCGCAGCAGUUGAUACCGUCACAAUAUCCUCAGAUGAUUCCAUACAAGGUAUAGAUGCCACAGUGGACACAACCACCUCUAAUCAAGCAACCGAGAAUCCAGCACCUCAUAAUACUUUAGUAAGGCCUGAGACCACCGUUGCCACUAAUACGCAGGAAACACCAGUAGUUCAAAAACCAUCGGAAAUAAAUUCAACGUCGUCGACAAAUGAACCCACUUCUGGGCAAAGUUGUCCAAACUUGAAAGAAAGUAUAUCUGGAGCUACAGCAUCCAUUGUCGUAACGCAAUCUGUUUCAAAUACAACGCCUGUAUCAGCGGUGCAGACUACCCCCAAAAGUCAUCAACUACUUACGAGGGAUACAACACAAGAGAGUACCUCGCCUGCUUCAUCACAAUCUGUUCUCAGCAUUGCAACUGCAAUUACCGCUAAUAAAACUGCAAUUGUGCAGGCAACCCCUGAAAAAUCUCAACAAGAAACUUUAAGAAGUACCUCAACCAAUUGCCAACAAAAUACUUCAAAAUCGGUUGAAGGCAAUAAGGAAAAUUUGAAAAUUAACCAUGAAGUAAAACACCAAAGUGGUAAACAUAGACGAAGAACUGUAAUUCUUUCCCACAUAACAAAACUUAACAAGAAUAUAACUAGAAAAUCCAUAGCCUAUCGUGAAAAACGUUCAAUUAAACAACGUUGUGAAGAUUUAAUAACCGCCUAUGGAUUACAUUUGGAGACGCUACAAGUUCGCUAUAAACACACACCGUUGGUACAACAAUUCUAUAGAAGGUUCAAAGCUUUAGAACUGUAUACAAACCUACUGAAGAGCUUAAAAAUGCUUUGUAGUAAAAGUGCCACCAACACCAAUAGCUCCAGCCCCAGUGGCUUAAAACGUUCCCGCAAUGCAAAUAAUGAAGACGAGAGUAGUCCUUCGUCUCAACGGAUGGCAAGGAAAAUCAAUCGGCAAGAGGAGAAUUUCAGACACAUGUUGCUGCCUGAUACCCCCGAGGAGGUAAAUCGGAAAGAUGCCAUUUAUGCAUUUAAUUUUUAUGAAAAGGUUGAGGAGGCAUUAAGGGCUUCCAACAGGCCAGAUGACUGUAAAAAGUUUAACACUAUUCUAAAGACAUUCGAUCCCAAAAAGGACAAAGUAUCUGACUUAUAUUAUAAAUUAGAAAAACUAUUUUUACCAGACCACCCAGAAUUGGCUCAAGUAUUCUUAACAUUUUUGCUGCCACCAGAGGCAGCUGAAAUUGGCAAAUUUUUUGAACACUUUAUGAUCACAAAUAUGACAACAUUCAUCAACAAAUUGAACAUCUACUUCAACAAGCAGCCUGCGCAAAUACGCAAAAUCUACAAUUGUCUCAAUGAAUUGGCCGAUGAUCCAGACGUGACCAUGAAAAAGAUUGAGUCGAAAAUUAUACCACUAUUAAAGGGUAAUCAAUUUUUGAUAGAUUGGUUUAUGCAACAGUUCCCGAAAAGCACACCACCUGAGAGGUUAGAUUUAUAUAUUUUAUAUUUUCGACACAGCAAUUUCAAUCAAAUCAAUUGUUUUUCUAGGCUGUUUUCCACCCCAGAACAUAUAUUAAAUGUCAAGGAGCAGCAAACAAAUCGUUCUGGUGAACAUAUCGAAACAAUUACAGACAUGGAUUCUACCGCAAAUGAUGUUCCAAAUCAAACAACUACUUGUCAAUUGAGGUACAUCAAUGGACGUAUUUUCUAUGGAUCUAAAAUAUUGCUGCCAGCAAAAUUGUCUUUCAUGGCUUCGUCCUAUAAAGACAAUCGAGCAAAUAUUGAACCCACCCCACCUACAACACAAAUUACUGGCUGCGUCCAUGCUAUUAAGGACCAUGGUGAAAAACGUUUAAGAUCUACUUCGGAGCUGGCAAACGUUGCUGCCAGCACUGAGUCUACAGAUGAGCAGGACAAAUCUGAAGAGGAAGAUGUGUCGAAGGUUCUUGUAAUCGACACGACAGCCGAAGAAGAAGAUAGCUGUUCAUCGUUUGAACCCUGUGAUGAAAAUACUCUGAAAGCACACGCUUUACGACUGAAUCCCUCUUAUUAUGGUUCCACUUGCUAUUCGGCCAGUGCAACCAGUACCCCCAAUUUGAACAGUAAUUUCCAAAGUCAUCAUCCUAACGCCAAAAAAGUGUCACUGAAUUUCAAUGAAGAAACAGCCAGCAGUACUUCAGCGGCAGGAAAAACAUCGCCUCGUAAAAAUCAAGGCCACCACUCCAUAUGUUCACCUUCCACGGCAACCACGUCGUCGUGUCAGUCUCAUGUAAAUGCCCGUGAUAAACGAAAAUCUCCCAUUAAGAAAACCAAAUCACCACUCAUUCACAACACUGGUAGAUCAGUUCGUCCGUACAACAAUCAACCCAUGGUUGUCAUUCAUGAAAAUAAUUCUGCCAUACAAUGUGCAAAGCGCUUAAAGUCGUUGAUUGAAACGCCAUCGGAAGAACCAACAAAUGUCGCCGAAGAUACAGCUUUGGAGACCAAGGAACAUAUACAUAUUGUAGCCCGAACGAAAACUAGUGUGAAGUCGUCGUCAACUUCAGUGGCAAACAGCAGUGCUGUAACAUCAACCACUACCACAUCGAUGAGCUCAGCUAUUACCCACAAUCCUAGUGUCAAACAAGAACAUUCUGAUGAUUUGGAAUUCCUGCCAGAACAUGCCUCAAUUACACGAAGUCCUUUCCCAGCACUGAAAAUGGACACGGACUCUAAUGAAGAAGAUACAGCCUCCGUAAAAAAUGUGCCAUCGAGAAUUGGCAGUGAUGAGGACUGUAAAAUAGAUAUUGUUGCAAACUUGGUUACGGAACCUGUCGAAAAAUCGAAUGAAACUCCUCGGUCCGUACCCUUACCAUUGAAUGCAGCUUGGACCAGGGAUGAGGAUAAAGUAAUUCUGAUUGAAAUGAAGAUGGGUUCAGCGAAUCGAGAAGAACUAUACCAGCGCAUAUCUAAGAAAUUACCAAAACGAACUUUAUUCGAAAUAACAGCCAGACAUCAGUUUCUGGUGGAUUUCCUUGCGAAACUACAAGGCAAAUAGGUUUACUGUUACUCGUU